AGCGCGCAUAGAGAUGGAAGUGGCGGAGCGCAUUGAAGCUGUGGUGGCCGGCCGCGACACCACCCACCUGAGGAGGUCAGUGGGAGCAGCUGCAGUAGUGGGCGCAAGGGAUUAUGUGUCUUGUGCAGGGGCUGCAGUAGGAAAAGCUACAGAAACAGAAAGUGGAGCGGAGGCGAAGAGGGAGGUAGUGGUUGCGACAUCAGAGGCACCAGUACCGAUAGCAGCACUACAAGCAGCACCACUACCAACCGCAGCAUCAGCAGCAGCAAGACCAGUAGAAUCUGACGUGGUUGAAGGAGACACUGCGGUCGUUUUCCCUCCUGCUGUUGUUCCUCAUGUCGCCGUGCCUCUUCCUACUGGAGCUCCAGCAUCAGUGGCGGCGGCACUGGCAGCAGCAAGGCCAGGGGACUCUAGUACGAGUGAUCAUGCUGGUGCGGCAGCAACAGCAGCAGGAACUGUAGCGAGAGGAGAGGACGAGAAGGGUGUGGAAGAGGACGUGAGGGGUGGAGAGGAGAUGGCGUGUGGGGAAGACGAAGAGAGCGGAGGAGCGAGUGUGAGGAGUGAGAGAGUGCCUCUGAGAAACAAUAGUCAAUCUCUGCAGCACCUCAGGUUCCAGCCAGACAAAGUGCCUUUGGCAAGCCCCACAGGUCUGAUCGGAGGGGGUUCUGGGGUAGGGGUUACAUGUAGGGAUGAUGGGAGAGGUGCGCGAGAGCAGGGCGAGCAGGGAGAUUGGAUAGACGAGGGGGAGGGUGGAAAUGGAAUUGAGGGGAGAGUUGUGGCGGACAGAGAACCUGGUAGCGAGGCGGAAGCGGAGGGAGAGGCGGGAGAGGAGAGACAGGGGGCAGAGACGGGAGAGGGAAAGGAGUGGAUAGAUGUGGCGGACAGGCAAAAUGGUAGAGAGGAGGGAGAGGCAGGUGAGGUGGUCCGAGAACAAGAGGAAGGGGAGGGUGGAGUAGGUGGGGAAGAGGGAGCGAGGGGAGAGAGGAAAGUGGGAGAAGGAAGAGAGGUGGGCGAGGAAAGCGAGUGGGGAGACAGGAGAGGGGGAGAGGGAAGCGAGGACAGGGAGGUUAUUGAUGUAAGGGAGGAGCAUGAGGAACAAGGGGGGACCGAUGAGAGAAAAGGACGAGAGGGUGGAGAGCAGAGUGGGGAAAGAGAGGGAAGAGAAGGUGAAAGGGGAUUUAAGUGCAGGGGAAAUGAAGGGUUGAGGGAAAGGGUUGGAAAGGGAGGAGAGGGAGGAGAGGGAGGAGAGGGAGGAGAGGGAGGAGAGGGAGGAGGGAUAGGAGAGGGAGGGGAGGGAGGAGAGGGAGGGGAGGGAGGAGAGGGAGGGGAGAGAGGAGAGGGAGAAGUGAGUGAAAGCAGCCAGAAGUUGCCACUUAAAAACCCUGUUCUUGAGAAACCUCCUCUUGGAAACCCUCCUCCUGAAAUGCUUUUUCUUGAAAACCCUCGUCGUGAAAACUUUCCUCUCGAAUCGACCCCACACCAGUCACUUAGCAACCCGCCUCCUCUUCCUCCUCCUCCUCCUCCUGCUGUUGCUGCUGCCCCUCUGCCUUUGCGCCCCUCGUUGCCGCACCAUUGCUUGUCCUUUUCCCUCGGCACUCCUGUCGCAUUCCUCUCCGCCCCUUCACCUGCCGUUGUUCCGCUACACGCAUUUGGUGCUGCUGGGACUCCCAAAGCAGAUGCCCGCUCGCACGCACAGCGUGCGUCAAGCAACACGUGUGGUGGGCCAAGCCAUGCCUCAGAGCACCAGAGCACGGAAGCCAGUCAAGCAGCCCCCAAAGAUUGCUGCACCCAUUCCCGGGUUGAUGCUGUGCCGUGUGUAGGCUCUCUUGGGUGUGCAGCAGCAGCCCAUGGUGCUGUGGCCAGGGCAGCAGGAGAAAGUACAGUUGGUGAUUUAGGAGCAAGUGCUGCUGGUGCUGCCUGUAUGGCUGCUGGUAUUGAGAAGCAACAGCAGCAGGAGGGGCAGUGGCAGCAGCGGCAACCAGAGUGUCAGCAGCAGGAGCAUGACAUUCACAUUCUGAAAGUGAUUCCUGGUGGACUUGCGGAAGGUGGUGACGUGGAAGGUGGUGAGGUGGAAGGUGGUGAAGUGGAAGGUGGUGAAGUGGAAGGUGGUGACGUGGAAGGUGGUGACGUGGAAGGUGGUGACGUGGAAGGUGGUGAAGUGGAAGGUGGUGACGUGGAAGGUGGUGUUCCACUUGCGACCCUGACAGCUGCUCCACUAGCUGCUGACGUGGCACCCCCUCCACCUGCUGAUGUUACAGAUCCUCUAAUUGCUGACGCGGCAGCUACUCCCGCAGAUUUUGCAAGGACGUCGAGCUGUCAGCGUGAAAUUGGGGGAGAAGGAGGAGGAGGAGGAGGAGGAGGAGGAGGAGGAGGAGGAGGAGGAGGAGGAGGAGGAGGACGAGGAGGAAUGGAGUUGAAUUGUGAGAAGGACACAGAUGAGUGUGGUGAGAAAAAGGAGAGGCAUGAGGGGGGCCAUGAAGGGACGGAGGGGGAGUACGGAGGGGUGACACCCGAUGCUGAACUUGGACAUGCGAGCAAUAAAGAGGAGGAAAGUGAAGGGCGCGUGGAGAAUGGGAGGAGGGUGGAGGGAGAAGAGGUGUCGGGAAAGACUCAGAGACACGAGGAGGGCAAUGGCUGUACGACGGUUGGGAGGGACAAGGGAGACGAGGAGUUGAGUGGGAAUGGGAGGGACGAAGUGGAGGCAGGUGGACGUAGCAAGAAUGGGGGUGUGUCGGUGGAGGAAGGGGAGGGUGCAGCAGAGAGAGAGAGGAGAGAGGAAGGGGAGGAGGAGACCAUAAGGAACGGGAGGGUAGAGGAAGGGAAUGUGUGUAACGAGAACAUGGGUGUCUCGAUCGAAGAAGGGGAGGUGGUGGGGGAAGGCACGGAGGGAAGCAGUGAGUGUGAAGCACAUGGUACUGCUGGUGGCGUUUUGACUGUUUUCAACAUCAGUGUUGAGACGUCUCAGAACAGGCAUGAGAAGGGGGGUGGUAUUGCAAGCAGGGAACCGGAAGAGACAGAGGAAGAUACUAGAACUGAUAAUUGUGAUGCUGUUGCUGCCACCACUGCUACUGCUGCUGCUUCCUCUGCUGUGAAUUCUGGUGCUGCUGCUGUUUUUUCCGCUCGUGCUACUGGUGAUUUUGGUAAUGGUGCCUAUGCUGAUGGCAAUGAUUCUAAUGCUGGUCGCAGUGAUGCUUACAGAAAUGAUGCACAGGGAGUGGAGGAAGGCGAGGUUCAGGUUGACAGCUGUAGCCCAAUGGAUGCUGUGGCUGGGGUGACUAUAGUGGAAGCUGCUGUAGUGAGGGAUGCUGUAGCACAGGAGACUGUAGCAGGGGAUAUUGUAGGAGGGAUUGCAGUAGCAGGGAAAAAUGAAAGAGCACGCCACCCUGCAGAACCACCUGCUGCUGCCUCUGUUGACCCUUUGCCUGUCUUCCCUGCUGUUGCUGACCCGGUCUGUGCUGCAGCUGCUGCUUCGGUGCUUUUCGAAGCCUUCAACCUUCACCUGGAAGCUCUUGGUCCCGUUGAUGAGUCAGUGCCGGAGUAUUUGGAUCAGCAGGAAAGGCGUGAGAAGAACCAGGAGGUUGGGCAUGUGGAGAGCCAGGAACAAGUUUUAGGUUGCGUCAGGAAUGAGGAAGGUGUUUCCGAGUGGUGCAGUCAAGAGGUGGAUGGUGGUGGGAAUAGGGGUAGAGAGAGCCAAGGCACAGAUGAAACAGAAAAGCUCGAUUUGCCUUGA